GCUUGCUACUCAGCUUGCAGUUUGAAACAUACUAGAAAUUUGUCUUGUGAAAUGAAAAAUUCAAGUAAAUAUGCUUCUUCUUCUACUACUUGUGCAGCAGCAGCAGCAGUUGAUAGGAAAACCAUUGAAAAGAAUAGAAGAAGUCAUAUGAAAGCUGUUUGCUUCAAACUUGUCUCUCUUAUCCCUCCCACUACUAGUACUCAUGACAACAACCAUUCCUCCAAGAAGGAUAUAGCUCAGAUGGAUCUGAUAGAUCAAGCAGCUAAUUACAUACAAGAACUGACAAAGAGAAUAGAUAAACUCAAGAGAAAGAAAGAUUUAUUAACAGCAACCACAUUGCCGAAUACUGAUCACUGUGGUGAUCAAGAUAUUAUAACUACCAAUGCUGCUGCUGUUGUUGCUGCUAGUUUUACUUGUUCAUUAAAUACGUCUACUGAGAUUUGUGGUAACGAUUUAUUGGAUUUGCCGAUACUCCAAGUAAGGAUCUUUGAUAGUACUACUUUGGAAGUAGUUUUGAUAACUGGGAUGAACAAACAAUUCUUGUAUUAUCAACUAAUUACUGUCCUUGAAGAAGAAGGGUCUGAAAUCGUCAAUGCUAGUUUUGCUACUGUUGAUGACAAGAUUUUCUAUACAGUUGAUUCUCAGGUUAGAGCUGGGGCUGACACUUCAAGGAUAUGUGACAGAUUGAAGAAACUAGUUUCUUAAGCGAACUUUGGCAUGAACCAAAUGUAGCAGACCUUUUUGCAUAAAUUGAAAGCGAAUUGGGAACAAACUUAAACUGG